AUGGUUCCGCACGUUCCUAAUGCCCGAUCCGAAUCCUACGGCUCGACUCAAAAGCUGCUCUCACGCUCCUCAAUACCAUGCUCCCCCUCCUCAUCUGCUUUUGAGUCGACUCAAAAGCUGCUCUCACGCUCCUCGCUACCAUGCUCCCCCUCCUCAUCUGCUUUUGAGUCGACUCAAAAGCUGCUCUCACGCUCCUCACUACCAUGCUCCCCCUCCUCAUCUGCUUUUGAGUCGACUCAAAAGCUGCUCUCACGCUCCUCACUACCAUGCUCCCCCUCCUCAUAUGCCCCCCAGCACGCCAGUCCUCUUCCUCUGCUGCCCUCAACCUGCCCCACAAGCUCAAGCACUCCAAUCCUCUGUCUCUGCUGCCCUCUCAACCCGCCCCACAAGCGCCAACGCGCUCUCCUCACAGCCACCUCCUUGCUCCCUUUUGUCUUCUCCCCACCCCUCCUCCCUCUCUCUUCUCUCCCACCCUUUCCCCACACACAGGCACUCCAAUCCUCUGUCUCUGCUGCCCUCAACCCGCCCCACAAGCGUCAGCGCCCUCUCCUCACGGCCACCUCGCUACCCCACCCUGCCUCCCACACCUCUCGCUCCUUCACCUCUGCGGCUGCGGCUGCUGCAGCUGCAGCUGCUGCUGGCGGCGGUGCUGCGUCAGGUGGAUUCUCAGGUGCUGGUUCAGGUGGGAAGCUAGCCCUAACAGGGUCCGGUGCUAGUGCAGGUGUCAGUGUUGCCACUAGCGCUGGUGCUAAUGUUGCAGCUAGUGCCACAUCGGCCAUGGGGAGAGAUCCAGCUGCUGCAGUGCCCGGGGUAAAGAAGCGGCAUCUGCAGCAACAGCAGCCACAGUUUCACUUUCUCUCGUCCCACCCUCCCUCCUCCACCACCGUCCCCUCUGCUGCCUCCAACCCUCAUUUCUUCUUCAGCAGCAAGAGCCUACGCACCUCGCCCUCCCACUCCUACACCUCUGCUGCUGUUCCCUCCCUCUCCUCUGGCCUUCCCCCCCACCCACAGUCUGCUCUUAUCCGCACACGCUCUGACCCAUCCCAACUCCUCGGUAUCCCCAGAAAGGGGAGCGGGAGGGGGGAAGGGUCACAGAGGGAGAGGGAGGGGGACGGAAUUUUGGAGGAGAGGGAGGAAGGAGAAGAGGCAGGGGAAAGGGAAGGGGGAGCGAUUUUGGAAGGAACGGAGGAAGGGGAAGGGGAAAGGGAAGUGGCAGAGGACAACCUGGUGAACCAGCGUGUGGCCACACACGCCCUCUCCAAGCAGGGCGCUCGCGUCGAGGUGGUGGGCAACGGGCAGCUCGCUCUCACCGCCAUGGAGGAGCGGGCGGCGUCGUUCGACCUCAUUCUCAUGGACAUUCAGAUGCCGGUGAUGGAUGGGCUGGAGGCCACUCGCCGCAUCCGCCAGCUGGAAACUUCCAGGAGGCGACUCUCGGGCAGCAAAGCAGCACGGCAGCACCACAAGGGGCAGCAGCACGGGCAGAAGGACGGGAAAGAAGGGGGAGGGUCAGGGGAGAGGGAGGAGGGGCGGGAGGAGGGGGAGGGGGAGAGGGAAGAAGGAUAG